AACUCCGCCAGCCGUACUCUCCCUCAGAUCCGGUACCUAGUAUACGAAUAAUAAACUAAUAAACGUACCACGUACCGUGAAAAAUCUCCAAAAACCCUACGCCCACCACCCUCCGUGUUGCCUCAUUUCUCGGCGGCUCUCUCUCUCUCUCUCUCUCUCUCUCUCUCUCUCUCUCUCCCUCUCCCCCUCUUCUUCCUCUCACGCCGUCUGCGCCCAGCAAUGGACGCAGUGGAUUCAACACGAGCGUUCGUCAAAGGCGUUAAGCGCGUCAUCAUCAAGGUUGGGACUGCUGUUGUCACUCGAGCUGAUGGAAGACUGGCACUUGGAAGACUAGGAGCACUUUGCGAGCAGAUUCAAGAACUGAAUUCUCAAGGAUUUGAGGUUAUUUUGGUAACAUCAGGAGCUGUCGGUGUUGGCCGCCAACGGCUUAGAUACAGGAGAUUGGUCAACAGCAGCUUUGCUGACCUCCAAAAGCCACAAGUCGAACUUGAUGGGAAGGCGUGUGCAGCUGUUGGGCAAAAUGGUCUAAUGGCUCUCUAUGAUACAUUGUUUAGCCAGCUGGACGUGACGUCAGCUCAGCUACUUGUCACUGAUAAUGAUUUUAGGGAUCCCGAAUUCAGAAAGCAACUUACAGACACAGUAGAAUCACUGAUAGAUCUGAAGGUGGUCCCAAUAUUCAAUGAAAAUGAUGCUGUCAGCACCAGGAGAGCUCCAUAUGAGGAUUCUUCUGGGAUCUUCUGGGACAAUGACAGUUUAGCUGCUCUACUGGCUUUGGAGCUAAAGGCUGACCUUCUUGUCCUUUUGAGUGAUGUGGAGGGUCUUUAUAGCGGCCCACCCAGUGAUCCAAAUUCGAAGCUUAUCCAUACUUACAUUAAGGAAAGGUACGAGGGAGCGAUUACUUUUGGAGACAAAUCCCGGGUGGGGAGAGGGGGUAUGACUGCCAAGGUAAAAGCUGCUGUUUAUGCCUCUCAUGCUGGCAUCCCUGUUGUUAUCACCAGUGGCUAUGCUACUGACAACAUCCUAAGGGUACUUCAAGGAGAGCGGAUUGGUACCCUCUUUCACCGAGAUGCACAGAAGUUGGCUCCACUAAGAGAAGUUGGUGCACGUGAGAUGGCAGUUGCAGCUAGGGAGAGUUCCAGACGACUGCAGGCCAUGUCUCCACAAGAUAGGAGGAAAAUUUUGCUGGACAUAGCUGAUGCCGUGGAAGCAAAUGAAAACCUGAUCACAGUAGAAAAUGAAGCUGAUGUUGCUGCUGCACAGCAGGCUGGGUACGAAAAAGCUUUGAUAGCUCGGCUGGUUCUAAAGCCUGCGAAGAUUUCCAGUCUUGCGAAUUCAAUUCGUGUGCUUGCAACCAUGGAAGAGCCAAUUGGUCAGGUUUUGAAGAGAACUGAGAUUGCAGAUGGACUGGUCUUAGAAAAGACAUCAUCACCCUUGGGUGUUCUCCUGGUUAUCUUUGAGUCUCGACCUGACGCAUUAGUUCAGAUAGCUUCAUUAGCAAUCAGAUCAGGGAAUGGGUUACUCUUGAAAGGUGGAAAAGAGGCUAAAAGAUCCAACGCAAUCUUGCACAAGGUCAUUACUUCUGCCAUCCCAGAAAAUGUUGGUGAAAGGCUUAUAGGACUUGUGACUUCUAGAGAGGAGAUUCCUGAUUUGCUUAAGCUUGAUGAUGUAAUUGAUCUUGUGAUUCCCAGAGGCAGCAAUAAGCUCGUCUCUCAAAUCAAGGAAUCAACAAAAAUUCCAGUUCUGGGUCAUGCUGAUGGAGUUUGUCAUGUUUACGUUGACAAGUCUGCUAAUAUGGAAAUGGCAAAGAACAUUGUUCUAGAUUCAAAAACGGAUUAUCCUGCAGUCUGCAAUGCAAUGGAAACACUCCUUGUUCACAAGGAUUUGAUGCAGAAUGGUGCCAUUGACGAGCUUAUUGUAGAACUUCAAAUUAAAGGUGUUGCCAUACAUGGUGGGCCCAAGGCAAGCUCUUUGCUGAAUAUUCCAGAGGCGCGCUCAUUUCAUCACGAAUACAGUGCACUCGCUUGCACUGUUGAAAUUGUGGACAAUGUAUACGCCGCCAUUGAUCACAUACACCGUCAUGGAAGUGCACACACUGAUAGCAUUAUUACAGAAGACAAUGAAGUUGCAGAAAUCUUUCUAAAACAAGUUGACAGUGCUGCUGUAUUCCACAAUGCAAGCACAAGAUUUAGUGAUGGGGCUCGUUUUGGACUUGGUGCAGAGGUUGGAGUAAGUACAAGUAGGAUACAUGCUCGUGGGCCGGUAGGAGUUGAAGGACUGCUCACAACAAGAUGGAUUGCUAGAGGUAGCGGGCAAGUGGUGGAUGGCGAUAAAGGGGUUGUUUACACUCAUAAAGACCUUACUCUACACGCUUGAUGAAUUUAUGGGACCUUACUCUACACGCUUGAUGAAUUUAUGGGCUGCAUCCUCAAACAACUAUUGUAGCUGUUGUAUCGUGUCGUGUAGCAGGGUUGAGGAAAUAUGAGUUAGGGGUUGCGCCUUCCACCAUAUUUGUACCAUUAUGUGCAACAAGUUGUUACAUUGGUUUUUCUCAAAUUUUAAUAAGGCAAAUUGUUGCCAAAAUGUCAAUUAAGUAAACUUGUAACAUUAACAACUUGUGCCAUCAACAAGCAUGUGUUAGGGAAAGAGUGCUUUAGUUCAACUAUUUAACGGAAUCCGAGCUUCAUAAAA